GAAAAAGCAAGUAAGAGGUCGGAACUAUUCGAAAAAGAGGGAAUCCAAAAAAUGAGGCGCCGUUACUAUGGAGACAUAGGGCUACAUUCGAACCGCAGCAACAAGGAUUAUUCGUGUAGGUGUUCGUGUGGAGAGUGAUAGUAUGGACUCGGAGUACAUAAAGAAACAUCUGGGAGAGUGCCUGGCGAAGGGGCUAGCUGAAGUAGCCGAGCUGAGACCGGUACACCCCAUCCAGUAUCUUGGUCACUGGCUCUACAAAUAUACGUCUAAUAUUCAAUUCGAGAAAGAGAAAAAAGAGCAGUUUGCUCUGUUGGAGGAAAAGAUUGCUGAAUAUAACAGACAGAAAGCGCUGAGAGAGGAGGAGGAGAGAGCUGCUAAAGUCCUGGAAGAACUUCUAAGAGAGGCUGAGAAACCCAUAGAGCCGGAAGAACCCAUUGAAACCACUGCUGAAGAUGAGAAGCCUGCUGAAGAUAAGAAACUGGUGACUGGUCAAUCUGAGUCUGGCAAAAAUGAGGAACCAGAGCAGACUGACCAAAUACAAUCAACUCCCAGACAAGAUGGCAGUGAUUUACAAUCCAACAUUGCAGAGAAUCCGCACAACAAACCUGAAACCUUUGACUUUCCAAAUGCAGAGAAGGUGGAUGAAGAAGAGAAGGAUAAACCUGAAGACUCCGUCUAUGUGGAAACAGCCUCCACUUUGCAGAACGAGGAGCUCAAAACAGAGAAAACGGUCCCACUUGAAGAACAAGAAGAAGCCAUGACAGACACCAAACAGGAGACUGAAGAGCCCAGUUCUGUUCCUCUUCAAAACCAGGUGAUCGAUCAGUCUGAGUCUGGCGGACAUGAAGAACCAGAACAAACUGACCAACUGCAAUCGACUCCCAGACCAGAUGACACUGAUUUAAUAUCCAACAAUACAGAGAACCAUCACAGCAAACCAAAUCCUGCUGCCUUUGACUCUCCAGAUGUAGAGAAGGUUGAUGGAGAGAAUGAUAAACUUGAAGACUCUCUCCAAGUGGAGACAACGUCCACUCCUCUACAGAGCGAGGAGCUCAAAACAGAGAAAACAGAUCCAACUGAAGAAGAAGAAGCCACGACAGACACCAAACAGGAGACUCAAGAGCCCAGUUCUCUUCCUCUUCAGAACCAAGACAAGGUUGAUGAAGCAGAGAAAAAAUCUCAGGAUUCUGUUGGAGGGGAUCUGCAGAGCGAAGACGCCAGCUCUCUUCAAGACCAGGACAAGGUUGAAGAUGAUGACAAAUCUGAAGAAUUAGCCCAAUUAGAGGCGGACUCACCUCCACAGAGUGAAGAACUUGACCGAGAGGAGACAUAUCCCGAUCAAGAAAACAUUGAGUUCAACGAGGAGAUACAAGAGGAGACAGAGGGACAGCUCGGGGAUGAGGCAUCUGAUGAUUUGGCUCCCGCUGAACCCUCACCAUAAUGAUCACCAUGACUCAGCCGAGGCAGCCUGGUGAAUCUCUCAAAGACUGAAAACAGAGGUCAUAUUUCUAGAGGCUGGCUUUUAAACUGUUCAAAUCCUUCCAAACUAGUGAUUUACACACAAAAAAACAAACAAAACAAAACAAACAAACAAAAAAAAAAAAACAUGUUACCCAAUAAUAAAUGUUACCUGGAGUGAUUCUA